AUGUCUAACAUGCCCGACCAACGGAGAGGUCCCUGGUCAGCAGGGGAGGAUCAGCGACUCAUCAAGUUGGUCAAGGACCUAGGACCGGGAAACUGGGUCAACGUUGCCCGCAUUCUCGGAACCAGAACCCCCAAGCAGUGCCGAGAGCGAUGGCAUCAAAACCUGAAGCCAGGGCUGAACCACGGACCUAUGACACAGGAAGAGGCCGCUAUCAUCGUUAGAGAGGUGGAUCUGAAGGGCCCACGCUGGGCAGACAUUGCCAGGAAGCUCCAGGGUCGCAGCGACAACGCCGUCAAGAACUAUUGGAAUGGCCUCAACAACCGCAAGAAGAACCAGCUAAGGAGACAGAGCGCACCAAGACGCGUGUCUGCCUCCGACGUUCUAAGAAGCAGCCCCGGACAACCGCCAAGAGCACACAUGCAGCGCCCCAUCAGAUAUCCCCAGGACAUCUACACGGGAUCGAGGAGGCCAUCCAGCCCCAGCAGCUUCAACGACAGCCUUCAUCACCGCGUCCAUGAGUCCAUCGAGUGGUUCCCUUCUAGGCCGCAGCAGCAGCAACAGCAGCAGGCUCGAUGCACCACUCCCUUCACUCCUUCCUUCCCUCCAUCACAUACCUUCCCCACUACCGAUGGAUAUCAUGAUGGAAACGAGUGCCAAAAUGACAACACUCUGCGGCUCUUGACACCACCUACAUCAAGGCGGCUUGCCCCAUUCAGCACCUUGCCCUCUCCCACUACCUCAUCCAUCGGAGACUUGGAUGAGUUUGAUCGCCGACAGCUAGCGGCUUUCGCACCACCUGCGGCCUACCGUCGUCCCAGUCUUCCUUUCCCUCAGCAGUCAUCAAUGGGAUACUUCCCUUCUGCCACCGAGUACCUCCCAACGGCUCCUAGCUCGCCUAUUGCCUUGGUUCAACGAGACGAGAAGAACCAUGCCAGGAUUCCUGUCACGAGUCUCCUGUGCUCUUAA